AUGGGAGCUCCAACCAAAGAGACGUCUUCAGAAAACACGAUACCCGAGGACUCCAACCCCAAGAAUACCGUAAGCACGGAGACAACGGGCUCAUCGAGAGGCAAAAAACGUAUCACCACACACCGCAUAUCUCUCGGGGACGUCACACCAAAUAACCUGGGUCAACUUAAACGUCUCAAUUCAGUCCUUUUUCCCGUCAACUAUAGUGAAAGGUUUUACAAGGACGUGUUGGAGGUCGGUGAAUUCGCGAAACUUGGUACCACCUUGCUGAGUCACAUCUUGAACAAUGCGGCGCCUGGAGCACCUCCCGUCCCUAAAUUCACCGAAAUCUAUCUUCACGUUCAAACUUCCAACGAAGAGGCUUUGGCAUUCUACAAAAAAUAUGACUUUCAGAUUGUGGGGACAGUGGAAGGAUAUUAUAAGAAAAUAACGCCGCCAGACGCGUACGUUCUGAGCAGAAAACUUGUGAACGACUAA